UCGGGGCCGCCGGCCGGCGCCAUGACGGUGGUCCCGGCGCGGCGCCUCGGCAGCCCCGUGCGCAGCCCGGCAGUCUCCCACAGACGGGAAACGACGUUUCCCGCGCAAACUCCCAUUAGAACCCUAGGCCACCUGAGCUCGGUGCUUCAGAGCCCGCAAGGAGUUUGUUAUCUUGCCUUGCAUGUGGCGAGGGGACCUGACCUGAACGACCCUGGGAGCGGAGCCGGGGGGGGGGUGGUCACUUCUAGGUACCCGCAGGCGAGGCUUACGGGGAGGACUUGAGGGCGCCAGUCUUAUUUUUGAAAAAGAUCUAAUUUACUGAGAGCCACCUCAGGGGUUGCUCUGAUCGCCUCAGGGAAGGCGAGUGAACUGAAUGUUCUUCCUCGCCUUUGGAUUUCGUCCCUCCGUUCCCUCGCCGCACGAAUGACCACAUCCAGGAAUAAAUGAAGAAGAAGCGGUGGAGCCAAAUUCUCAACAUUUGGACAAGAAGCCCCGCCUAGCAGCUCUUGUAGAGGAGGCUGGGAAGCAGACCGGAGGCUGAAAAGCAGUUGAGAUUUCCUCCCAAGCAUAGAUCCCUUUCCUUCCAGGGCCAACUCCAGCAUGGGGUGAGGUACAGAAGAAAGACUUCAGGGGUGUACUCUGGCACUCAGUUACCAAACCUGCCCCCUAGAUCAGGGUCUGUCUCACCACAUCUAUAAUGGGGGGAAAUUUUAUCUUUGUUUAUACGCCAUUUAUGUAUGCAUGUUUGUGCAUUCGUCUUACCUUCCUUGGGCCUGUGCCCUGGAAGGCAGAGGGUGGGUUCCCAGAAACUUGGCCUGAGACCAGUGCCAUGGUCCCUGGUGUCCCUCAAGUGAGGUGGAACCCUCACCAGCAUGGUGCAUUGCUCUCUUUGGCAUUUGGAUCAAACACUGAGUCCUGAGGGAAAGUUUUAUUCACAUGAGGGCAAACAUUCUUUUGAACUGACAACCCAGAAUAGACAGCCCAAGUAUCUGGGCUGAAAGUUCCCUCUGGAAGAACUUUGACAUUCUCUCUGAAGACUGCUUUCAGGUCUGCAGAGGGGGUCCUGUCCCUGCUUUCAGCUUUUGCUUAAACUCAUUCUCUGUGAAUAAGAUGUCUGGGAUUUAAAAUACCACAGGCCAAAAAAAAAAAAAAAAGAGAGAGAGAGAGUGUGUGUGUGGGAAAGGAGUAUGAUAGAUGAAACAGAAUAGCAAAAUGUAGAUAGAUAUAUGCUAAAGGUGAGGGAUUCAUGAUAUUAUUCUUCAGUUUUUUAUAUUUGAAAAUGUCCAUUUUAAACAAUACUCACCUCCAAAAAGUACUCCUCUCUUCUUUCUUUCCCUGCCUCUGUCCCCUUGGUUCAUUGUAAAUCCAUGUUGUCCCUCUUACUUCAUCCCUGCAGGGUACAGAACAUUCUGCUCCCAAGGCAUGAGAAGAGAACAUCAUAUAUUGGCCACUACUGCCCAAUGUGGAGGGGAGCAGAAACUCCAGAGCCCACCCCUGAAGUGCAUGUCCAGGCCAAGACCUCUGAUCUAAGGACAGAAAACAGGCUGCUGGGUACUCCUCAUUCCCUGCCAAGCAGAGUUUUGGAAGCAAACUCCCUCUCUGAAUCCCUCCUGCCCUUCCUGAUGGCAUGAGGACCACCCCCCAAUACUUCUAGGAGUCCUAUGGCUUUGCCUCCUCUUGGAGGGUGGAAUCCAGGAGAUGAUCUAGAUGAGGAAGUUACAAGAAAAAGGGGCCCUGUGCUUGCCUCUCCAUUUCCCCAAGGUGUAGCUGUUGCAGCUGUUACUGUGGCUUACAGUCACUCUCUCCCUGUAGAGUGAAGGGUGAAGGGUGAACCUAGCUGCAGCCAACCUUAGAAAAAGCUGCAGAGCCUGCCCACAAAAGAAGGAAGCUGACAUCUGCAGGCCAGUUUUCCAGGCCUCCCCUUCUUCCCUCUGCUACUCCCUUAGUAGGCCUUCAGGAAACUGAAAAUAACACGCAGUUUGAGGCUGUGGACCCUGGCGUGGGAGUGGCACACGUCCCUGCCAGCCUGGCCCCCAGCCUGCGUCCCGAGGGCGUCCCCAGCCCAGCCCUCACCAUGUUCGCUGCAUCAGAGGCGGUGGCGGUGGCCACGGCGGCAGCAGGAAGGCCUUACGUGUGCAGCGAGUGUGGCAAGAGCUUCAGCUACAGUUCGGUGCUGCUGCGCCACACGUGUGCCCAUGGCGGCGACUGCCGCUACCGCUGCCUCGACUGCGGGGAGCGCUAUGCACUGGCCACUGACCUCCGCGCACACCGUCGCGUGCAUACUGGCCAGACACUCUACAUCUACAAUGAAUGCGGCCAGAGCUUCCAUCAUAGUGGCCACCUGGACCUGCACCAGAGCACACACAGACAGCGCGGCCGCUCCUGCCGCUGCCGCACAUGCGGCCGCAGCCUUCCACACCUCUCAGCUCUGCUGCUGCACCGGCGCCGCCGGCACCCCCCUGAGCGGCCCUGCCGCUGCCCCCUGUGUGCGCGUGCCUUCCGUCACAGUGCGCUCCGCUUCCACCAGGCGCGGGCACACCCGUGGGGGACAGCCAUCGCACCUCUUGACCCCCUCCACCGCUGCGCACAGUGCCCACGGGCCGUCCGCAGCUCUGCAGGGCUGCGGAGCCACACACGCGUCCACAGCGUCCAGCACCUAAGCCACGCGCCGGGUGUGCACCAGUGCAGCGUGUGCGGGAAGAGCUUCGGUAAGAGCUCCACGCUAACACGACACCUACAGACGCACUCAGGUGAGAAGCCCUUCAAGUGCCCGGAGUGUGGGAAGGGAUUCUUGGAGAGCGCCACGCUAGUGCGCCACCAGCGGACGCACACGGUGGAGAAGCCAUACACGUGCGGGGACUGCGGGCGCCGCUUCAGCGAAAGUUCCACCCUUCUGCGCCACAGGCACAGCCAUCAGGGAGAGCGGCCGCACGCAUGCGCCACGUGCGGCAAGGGCUUCGGGCAGCGCUCAGACCUGGUGGUGCACCAGCGCAUCCACACGGGCGAGAGGCCCUUCCCAUGCACCGAGUGCGGCCGCCGCUUCAGUGACCGCUCUGACCUCACCAAGCACCGGCGCACGCACACCGGCGAGAAGCCCUACCGCUGUGAGCUGUGAGGCAAACGCUUCACUUGCGUUUCCAACCUCAACGUGCACCGGCGCAACCACGCCGGCCACAAGUGCCCCGAGUGCGGCAGGGCCUUCAGCGUGACCUCCAAGCUGGCGCUGCACCACAAGACCCACCUGGGCGAGCGGCCGGCACAGUGCGCCGAGUGCGGCAAGUGUUUCAGCCACAGCCGCUCGCUCUCCCAGCACGAGCGGGCGCACACGCGCGCUCGAGCUGCCGCCGCCCAAGCCACCGCAGGAGCUGCACUCAUCUUUGCUGGGCGGGCAGAAAAGGAAAAGCCGGACUUCUUGUGUCCCAGCUGAGGGACACUUGCUGAGAAGCUUUUCUGUCGUAGGCUGGGCACGUACGGAUGCCACUGCCACAGGGAGGUCUGUGUAAAGACAGCACGGCCGGCUGUCGCCUUUCCCCAUCUUCCGUGGUAGCCCUUCACCUGGACUGCGGCCGGGCCUCUACAUCUACUUCCCUGGUCAGCUCUUCCUGUCCUCCAUCCUUCCUGUCCUCCCCCUGGGGUGUAGGGAAGCAGGAAAACCUCCUAGACAGGAAAGAGCCCAGGUAUGGGUAUAUUCCCACUGCUGCUGUUGUGCCCCCCAAGAUCUCUUUUCUGCUUUCCCACCUGGGUUCGAACUUCUCUUGUCCCAUCCCCUUUUCCAGCCCGAGUCUCCUCUAGCUCUCCUUCCUGUGUUCGUUUGUUGUCCUGCCUCUUCAGGUAAUGAUCACAGAUGUGGCCACAGGGACAACCCACCCACCUUGUGGUCUUCUUGACUCUUGGUUCUACUUGAGUCUCUGCUGCUUUCUCCCUAGGCUCAGAGAUGGGAAAUUUGUAGGCAGAGAGGUGAUGGGACAGCACAUUUCAGUGAAAGACAUUAUGCCAGAAGCCCUCUCAGCAAAGCAGCCACCAGUCCCAUGGAGCACACCUGAUGGUAUCCACAUCAAAGUGCCCCUCAGGGCAAUAUUCUCCAGCUAGGUGGGGGAACAUUAACUUUCAGACCUAGACCAAGACCCUGUGGGAUCUAUAAAGCAGAGUACUGCCAAGGGGAGCAUCAGAUUACUAUUUCCAAAUCAAGCCUGGAGCCAUGGGCAAAUGGAGCUCCACAGAGCCAAUAGUGCAGGGCAGAAAAUCUGGAAUUGGCCGGUGGUUGUUUUGCUUACGACUGGUGAAAUAAAGCUUGGUGUUUUGCGGGGG